AUGAUCACUCACUUACCAGUUCAGCAGGGAAAAGAACCAAAUCAAACGGUUCAAGAUGAAAUUAACUCGGUCGGUAGCAACCAAACAGGAGUAUCUCACUCCAACACAUACAAACGGUGGCUCCGGGUGUUUGUCUACACAUUCUUUGUCAUUUCAGGACAAUCAGUUGCUACAAUUCUAGGCAGACUAUACUAUGACAAUGGAGGAAACAGCAAAUGGCUAGCAACUGUAGUUCAACUUGUAGGCUUUCCUGUUCUACUUCCAUAUUAUCUCUUCUCAAUCAAAACACAUACACCAACUCAUACAGAUAGCAAAGAAGCCUCACUUAGGAACCGUGUAUUAGUUUACUUAGCACUUGGGGUUCUUUUAGGAGGAGAUUGCUAUCUUUACUCCAUAGGACUGCUUUACCUACCUGUCUCUACCUUCUCCCUUAUCGGUGCAUCUCAGUUAGCCUUCAAUGCUUUCUUCUCUUACUUCCUCAACUCACAAAAACUUACUCCAAUCAUUUUGAACUCUCUUUUGCUCCUUACUAUAUCUUCCACCCUACUUGCCUUCAAUAAUAAGGAAGAAUCAAAUUUCAAAAAAGUAACAAGAGCACAGUAUGUCACAAGUUUCAUAUGCACCAUUGGUGCUUCUGCUGGGUAUGGUCUAACCUUAUCCUUAAAACAGCUAGCCUUCAGUAAAGUCUUAAAGAGGCAAACAUUCUCAGAAGUUAUGGAUAUGGUCAUUUAUGUGAGGGCAGUGGCCAGUUUUGUUAGCUUGGUGGGGCUUUUUGCCAGCGGAGAGUGGGCAACUUUGAGCAGUGAAAUGGAUAACUACAAGCGUGGAAAGUUAUCUUACGUUAUCAACCUAGUGUGGACAGCUAUUACUUGGCAAGUAUUCAGCAUUGGUGGCACGGGGCUGAUCUUCGAGCUUUCCUCUCUAUUCUCAAAUUCUAUAAGCGUUUUCGGACUGCCUGCGAUUCCUAUCCUGGCUGUCGUCAUUUUCCGUGAUAAAGUGAAUGGGUUAAAGGUGAUUUCUAUGAUCUUGGCUAUUUGGGGUUUCAUGUCUUAUGUCUACCAACACUAUCUUGAUGACAAAAACUUGAAGAAAAGUCUUGAAAUCUCAACAGCAGAAUCCUCUGACCCAUCAGAAGCACAAGGGUCAAGGAGAAGCCAACCUACAAUAUAUAAUGAACUCAAGUAAAGUCUCAGCGUGAACUUUCCAUCUCUGCAUCAUUGUAAUAGUUAGUAGGUUUGGCUUAAGAAAAUAGUGAAUUAUUGUUGGUUUUGAUUUGACGAAGAUCUAAUCUAAAACUUGGGUUCAAUGCAAUGAAAGAUGUGGCUUAUUAUACUGUUGUAUAAAAG